AGAGAGUGGCGUUCAUCGCACCGCGCUCUGCGUUCUGCUGCUCUCAUGGAUUUCCACCGGAUCUUUCCGCGCGGGAUUAUCGCGUUUGGCUUUUAGGAUCGCGCUUGGAGUUAGAGUAUGAUUCACAGACAGCUCAUACUGUCCCAGAACCUGUACCAGAGCAGGUUUCUGGGCCUGGCAGCCAUGGCCUCUCCGUCUCGCCGGCGGUGUAAGAGCGAGACACACUUCAGCUCGGCUCGAUCCACCAGCGACACGGACCUGGUGUCCUUACAGAGCCGCUCCACCCUGAGCGCCAGCACCUCGCUCUACUGCAUCGGACAAUCAGACCAGCUCGUCAUCUGCUGGGACGUCAGAGAGGAGGUGGACGCCGGCGACUGGAUCGGCAUGUACCUCAUCGACGAGGUUCUGUCAGAAAACUUUCUGGACUAUAAGAGUCGUGGCGUGAGCGGCUCCCACAAAGGCCAGAUCGUGUGGAGAAUCGAUGCCAGCUUGUACUUCAUGGAGGCUGAGACGAAGGUUUGCUUCAAAUAUUAUCAUGGUAUGAGUGGAGUGCUCAGAGCCACGACGCCCAGCGUGACGGUGCGAAACCCCUCUGCCAAUGCGCUGAAGCCUGUCAUCAGUCAGGAGCGUCCUCAGACUCUGGACUGCAGGAGACUCAUCAGCUUCUCUCUGUCAGACAUUGAGGCAGUGGGUCUGAAGAAGGGAAUGUUCUUCAAUCCCGACCCGUAUCUGAAAAUCUGCAUCCAGCCUGGAAAGCACAGCAUCUUCCCUGUGCUGCCUCACCACGGUCAGGAGAAACGCUCAGGCAUCAUCUGCAACACGGUCAACCCCGUCUGGAAGAGAGAGCGAUUUAACUUUGUGUCCCUGCCGACUGACGUUUUGGAGAUUGAGGUUAAAGAUAAAUUUGCCAAGAGCAGACCCAUCAUCAAACGCUUCCUGGGAAAGUUAGUUGUGCCUGUACAGAGGCUGCUGGAGAAACAUGCUAUCGGGGACCGUGUGGUGAGUUACACUUUAGGCCGACGGCUUCCAACAGAUCAUGUCAGCGGCCAGCUGCAGUUUCGUUUUGAGAUAACCUCGUCAAUGCAUACUGACAGGAUUUACUUAUUCUCUCUGGUAGAUGAUGAGGAGGUGUCCCUCAAUGCAAUGCCAGUCUUUGAUACAACACCUGAGCAGGAGCCCAAUGGGGACCUACCACCAGCUUCUGAUCUGCCUCUGGAAGACGCAUUGAGUUUGGGACCUGACAUUCUGGAGCCGCCUAACGAAAGUCCUCCAGAGGUAGAGACCCAAGAUGCUGUGCUGCUCACCUCUCUAGAUGAGCCCAGUAAGGAUACCCAACCAGAAGCAGAAGGAUCAGCUGAUGAGCUUGUAACAGCUCGAGCAGAGACACUAUUGAGCGAUGCCACUCAAGGAGAAACUGCGGAGCAAGACCCUGGAAAAACAGAGUCCGAGGAGAUGCAGGAGGAAACUGUGACUGAGACUCUUUUGGAGGUUCUGGAGAACCAUGAAGCUGAAGACACGUGUGGACCAACUGGAAUGGGACCUACUGGAGAGCAUGCAGAGGUUGAGAGAGGCACAAGCUCAGAGCAGUUGGAAGGAGAUGGGAAUGAGGAAGAAUCCUGUUCGCCAAGGAUGCGGAGUGCCUUGAAGCGCAAGAGCCGACCCUGUUCGCUUCCGGUGUCUGAGUUAGAGACGGUCAUCGCCUCGGCCUGUGAUGAAGCAGAGACACCACGUUCUCACUACAUCCGCAUUCAUCAUCUGCUGCACAGCUUGCCAUCAGCUCAGUGCCACAAUGACAGCCAAGAUGAAGACGAGGUACUUGACCGGGAAUCUUCUGAGGAAGUCACUCUGAAACCCCAAGAGGACAAAGAGGAAGAAGACGAGGUGUCAGAAGCCCAGUCUCCAUCCAUCGUGCCCGAGUGUCCUAGACACAGGCGUACCCUACCACGUAGCCUCUCCAUCGAGCGCCUGUCCGAACUCAACCAACUUUUGGAAGGUGAAAUACCCUCACCUUCCACCCUCCGACUGGAAAGCGAACACAUGGAAGUGGGUGGUGGAGGCGGAUGCAGAAGGGAACUUCUAGAGAGUGAGUGCGAACUGUGUGAUAACUCCUGCUACAGCACUUCCUGUUACAGCACGUCCUGUUACAGCACUUCCUGUUACAGUAACUCAGGUUAUGAGGGGCGUAACCACCUUUGCAGCCACACGCGCCUCUCUUCAGUUGACAGCACCCGUCUGUCGGAGAGCACCGUUUUCUCCUCGCAGGAGGAAGAGGAGGAGGAGAACAGUGCUUUUGAGUCCGUCUCGGACUCAGUGCAGAGUCCAGAUAUAAGGGAGCCAGGAGACGGGUUGCUUCAUUGGAGGGAGUCGUCAUCGGAAGAAAGUCCCCAGAGAGAAGGGGAGGUGGAGAUCUCACCAGUACCUGGGCCUAGUGUCAGGUCAACAGACUGGGAGGCCCGGAUAGACAGUCACGGCCGUGUUUUCUACGUGGAUCAUGUGAACCGCACCACCACGUGGCAGAGGCCCAGCCAUGCAGCCAAAUGCAGCGGCAUCCGGAGAUCCGGCUCCACUCACCAGAUGGAGCAGCUCAACCGGAGGUAUCAGAACAUCCAGAGGACGAUGGCCACCGAAGACGAACCGGCCGGCCGCGGACCUGAGAGAAACAGCGCAGGAGACACAGACACUGAAUCCACUACACAAGCUCCAGAUCAGAGCAGAGAAGGUCCUUCAUCUCCUGUGAAUAAUCAGAACGUGACGCUGCUGCUUCAGUGUCCAGCCGUGAAGUUUGUGACGCACCCAGAAUUCUUCUCUGUCCUCCACGCUAACUACGGUGCGUAUCGGAUGUUUACUAACAGCACCUGCCUGAAGCACAUGAUUCUGAAAAUACGGCGAGAUGUGCGCAACUUUGAGCAAUAUCAACACAACCGCGACCUCGUCUCUUUCCUCAACAAAUUCACCGAUUCUCAGCUAGAGCUUCCGAGAGGCUGGGAGAUCAAGACAGACCCGCAGGGCACGUCAUUCUUUGUGGACCACAACAGUCGUGCGACGACCUUCAUUGACCCCAGGAUUCCCCUUCAGAACGGACAUCUGCCAAAUCACCUCACACACAGACAACACUUACAGAGACUGCGCAGCUACAGCGCCGGAGAGGCGUCAGAAGUGUCCCGAAGCAGAGGAGCGUCUCUGGUCAGCAGAGCUGGAAAUGGUUUAGUAUCAGCUGUCAGGAGUCAGAACCAGCCCGAUUCAGUGCCUCUAGCUUACAAUGAUAAGAUUGUGGCUUUCCUGCAUCAGCCGAACAUACUGGACCUGCUGCAGGAACGACAGCCGAGUCUCGCCAGGAAUCACACACUCAGGGAGAAAAUCCAUUACAUCAGAACUGAAGGUCCUCAGGGCGUUGAAAAGCUGUCCUGUGACGCCGACCUGGUCAUGCUGUUAAGUCUGUUUGAUGAGGAGAUCAUGUCGUAUAUCCCAUCUCACUCUUUCCACCCCGGCCUCGGCUUCUCUCCACGCUGCUCUCCCGGAUCCUCACCUCAGAGUUCACCGGAGAACCAUUUGGAAUGGUUCCGUUUCAGUGGCCGUAUAUUGGGUCUGGCUCUGAUCCACCAGUAUCUGUUGGAUGCUUUCUUCACUCGACCAUUCUACAAGGCCCUGCUCAGACUAGUGACAGAUCUGAGUGAUUUGGAAUACCUGGAUGAAGAGUUCCACCAGAGCUUACAGUGGAUGAAGGACAACGAUAUCACGGAUAUCCUGGAUCUGACGUUUACAGUCAACGAGGAGGUCUUUGGACAGGUCAUAGAGAGGGAACUGAAAUCGGGAGGCUCCAAUACCCAAGUGACAGAGAAGAACAAGAAGGAAUACAUCGAGCGCAUGGCUAGAUGGAGAGUGGAGAGGGGGGUUAUGCAGCAGACCGAAGCCCUUGUAAGAGGUUUCUAUGAGGUCGUAGACUCCCGUCUGGUUUCAGUGUUCGAUGCUCGUGAGCUGGAGUUGGUCAUUGCAGGGACGGCUGAGAUCGAUUUGAACGACUGGAGAUCCAACACAGAAUAUAGAGGAGGUCUUCUGCUGUGAAUUACUAUGGAGGGUCAACGGGAUUUAUCCCACAGCUAAUGCCAAAACAAGUAUCCCAUCUGUUUAGAUUGCAGUUCAUCAUUUAGAACGGAGCUGUUGACAUUAAAAGCGUGACGGGUGAACCCUGUAGAAUUUCAUAUAACCCUGCGGUGUUGUGGUUUCACGGUGUCGAGAUAACCUCGGUUGAGUCUCUGGAGUCUUUUGUUGACUUUUCCUGCACAGCCUAUGCACAUUCGGAUCGAGAAGCCUGAAGGGCCUCUUUAGAGGGACACAUUCUCUUUUCUUCUUAUACUUUGGCUAAUUUAAAUAAGCUUGUUUCUUGCUCUCAAAGGGCCACUUUUCUGCAGAGUUCAGCUCCAGUCCCAAUAAAACACACCUGAACCAGUUAAACAAGAGCGGCUUUCACACCAGAGGAACUUCUUCAUAGUUCUUAUAUGUGACCCUGGAGCACAA